CAAAACACUUAAGGCCCAAACCAAAGCCAGCUACUGAGCUGAACCCUAAGAGAAGAUCAACAAAACAUAUCGAAGAAAGCAGCCGCCGACCAGAUAGCAACAAAAACGCCACCGUCGCCAGAUAUCCAGAAACCCGUCGCCGCCCCACUCCGGCAUUCAUCGCAACACCGAAUCUCGACCUCGCCGUCACCCCCGAGCAAAGAACCGUCGGCGCCGCAGAGCUUCACCAGGUCUGUAACCGCCGCGCCGCACCUGUCAUCAUCUACGGGAAGAAACUACGUCCGACAGCAGAUGAGAGAACGAAACAGGGGAACAAGUUGACUGCCGGACCGGAAAACUUAGCCGAAACAACGAAUUCGAGCCAAGAUCCAGCAGAAGAUACAGGGAAAAGCCGAAAAAAUAGGCCAAACCGCAACCAAGAUACCGAACAAGACCCAGGGCGAGACGCCGAUCAGGAUCUAGCAAUGGGGAUCAGUAAAACAGAAAUAAACUUGAGGAGAUUGCUUGCAGCUGCACCCAAUCAACAAAAUCAAGCUAAGCUUUUACAUUACGUUGCUACUCUAAGAGAACAAUUGGAAGAACUGGCUCAAGAGAAAACACCAGAAGGAAUACCAAGAGUUUCAAAAGGACAGCUGAAUGACUACUCAGAGAAGAUUGAAGCCAUUGCUCACAAAUCGGCUGUACCUGAGUCAACUGCACAAGAAUCUGAGAAGCCUCCUGCUGUCAUUACUGCUGAAGAAACCCCUCCCAAGUCCCAUGGAGAAAGUCCAAAUCCAUCUUCUCCAACAUUAAGAAGGAGAUUUGUGCCCCAGUCAAAAAUUGAAGAAAGACAGCAUAAUAGCGUUGAGAGUGAUAAUUCAGCUUCGGUCAAAUUGGAUUCUGCUGCAUGGACUCAUGUUGAAAAGCACCGACAGCUACAAGAAAAUUUGACAGAUGAAAUGGUUGUGUUGGCACGGCAACUCAAGGAAAGCAGUCUUGUGAUGAGUCAAUCCCUCAAAAACACUGAGAAGAUACUGGAUUCAACAGAGAAGGCAGUGGAGAAUAGCUUGGCGAGCACCGGCCACGCAAAUACACGUGCCAUGGAAAUAUACUCAAGGAGCUUCAAGACCACGUGCUUUACGUGGCUGGUGAUACUUCUAAUGACGUGUGUAUUCAUCAUGGUGGUGCUUCUCAUCCGCGUCACCUAGUUCAUGACUUGGGGUGAAAAAGAAUCUAGAGGAGCUCAGUCUUCUUGAAUGUUGUGUAAAUUAGCCAUAAUCGAGUCUCAAAAAGUCUUCUCCCGCAAUUGGCACGCGCAUAUGCAUAUGUGAUUUUGAUUGUUAAGCCGAGCAACAAACAGAUUUCUUCUACGUUUUGCAAGUCAUUGUGCAUGUAUAAAACUUGGAAAAAGGGUAUCUUUAAGAGUUCUGUAUAUAUAUAUAUAUCAUUUUGUUAUA